AUGGCAGCUGUGCCCGCAAGCGCGCGAGGAGAGGGCGUGUACAUGUACCUGACGCGUGAUAGCGCUGGGCGCACGCCCCCUCCGACUUGGGGCACCCCCGGCACUUUCUUCCAGGAUCGCAAUCCAGCAUCACCACCACCACCAAAUCCGCCAUGGUCACCACCAACGUACCGCCCAGACGCUGAUACGUGCACAUAUCCAAACCCGCCCUCGCCGCCAUCGAAUUGCCGUGCGUCGCUCUCGCCUCAGCAGCAGCUCGACCCGGCCACGUACCUGCAGAGCCGCCGCAGCGCGCAAUCGCCCACGGCCUGGGGCAGACGGGCUAUGGAUUUCCUCUCCAGCUUCAACUUCCGCGACGAGGAACCGGCCGGGCUCGAGGGCCGGCCGUGCGGCUCCGUCGAGGAGCUGCAGUCGCGGCUGCGGGAUGCCUUCGACGGCAAGGUCAGCGAGACCCGGGCGGAGCGGGUUGCGACACGGCUGGAGCUCGCGGCGUCGGUCGAAGUUACGAUUGGGGCCGCGGAGGGGGACGGCGGCGGCCGGGGGCUGGAGGCGCUGAGUGCCCUGGAUCCGUCGCUGGGAGGAGGAGCGCCGUCGACGGGCGCGCAUGGGGCCGCAGACGGAGGACAGGCCGGCCGCGUGGUGCUUGUGAGCGAGGCGCUGAUGAACCAGCCGGCCGACAACCCAGUGCUGCAGCGAUCCAUUGCCAACCAGCUCGUGGCGGGCAUCGGGCAGGUCGACGGGAGCGAGUGGGCGGUGCGGGAGAUGUCGCGGGCGACUCGAGACUGGGUCUUCUCGUACGUAUGCAAGGGCUCGAUGCAGCACUGGCAGCGACAGCACAAGAGCCAGGCCAAGCCGCUGGUUGCCGAGUAUUCACAGAGGGAGAUUGACCCUCUGCUCGCAAGUCGGCCUGCGUUUGACUGCCGGGGGUCGCUCGUCAUUUCCUUUUCGCGAAAUACUAGGACCAUUUCCAUUGACUAUGACCACAUCCCGCUCCAUCGCACAGUCGCUGAUCUCGCGGCCCUCUUCAAGCCCCCGCCCCCCCGGCGUCCUCUCCCCAACCCAGAGAAGCAGCCCAAGCAGCCCAAGACGCCCAAGACGCCGAAGCAGCCAGGCUCGUCGAGGAAGAAGAAGAAGGAUGCUGCCGAUCAGACACCGGGCGGCGAAGGUGUCAGCAAGCCGAGGAAGCGGAAGCGGAAGGCAGACGACACAGGUGCUGCAGGGGAGCAGUCUCACUCCCAGGGUGUUGCUGGCACCCAGGUAGGAGAAGAUGGUAGCACUAUUGACCUACAGCAGAAUGGUCAAGCUGGACAAGCGGCUGCCCAAAGCUCGGGUGCCGGACUGCUCAUUAUCAACGUCUCGCCCGAGGAGGCGGAGCGACGGCGGAACGUCGCCAUGCUUAUGCUUCAGGGCGCGGGUGUCGACCCAGAUUCGCUCUCGCCAGAACAGUUUAACAUUUUUGCAAACCAGUCCCCGGAGCUGCAGAAAGAGUCGCUCAACAUGCUCGUUAAGUAUGGCGCAGAGCGGCUCCGCAUCGUGCAUCCUGGUAACAAGGAAGGGUCUGCUCCCCCAUCGGCCUCCAACGCGUCUUCUGCUCCUGCGACUCAGAGCAACAUACAAGGGAGCUCAUCUGGCCCCGUCACUACGAAUGAGCUGGUGCUACAGACACAGAGUCCCGCGAAGAAGAGUCGGAAGAAGACUCAGGCUGCGAACAAUGAUGCCGAGGAGGAGAAUGCGGACUCAACCGCCAAGCAACCGAGACGCAAGGGACCGAGCAAGUCGAGGACUGCCUGUGCUCAAUGUAAACAGCGCAGAGUCAAGUGCCCGAGGGAAUUGCCUCUUUGCAGCGGUUGCCGUGAAGCAGGUUUGAUAUGCGAAUAUGCACCUCCCAAGCCAAAAAAGCAAAAGUCCAACGCCAUCAUCACAACAGAGGACGAGCAGGAUGAAAACGAAGACGACGAAGCAGGGGUUGAAGAACAGGAGGAACCACAGCUGGACGACCAGCAGCUCCAGGAAGAUGCAGAGGGCUAUCCUGACCUGGCUGAUGACCCCGUGACACCCCAGCUGCCGAUUGGAGAUGGGUUGGGGAGCAACAUGGGCGUUCCCGUGGCCGACUGGGAACAUGGCCAUGCUCCGCCGAGUUUCUUCCAUACCACGACCGUGGGAGUACCCGAGACAGAUUCCUCACAGCCUCCGCAUCAGACCACCAGCGUCCCGCUGUCGAACCUGAUUCUACCAGCGGGACGCACAUACUACCCCAAUGUCUCAACGCCAGAUAUACAGGAGCAGACAUUGACGCCGCCAGUAGCUCAGGAACCGAAGAAGAAGCCAACCAAGGCCGCGGCAAAAGGAUCUGGGCGUAGCGCGGCAAUGAGGACAGCUCUGCCGACGGAAAGCCACAGCUCCUUGCACUCCACAGGAGGUUCGGAAUGGACUGGCAACAGCAAUCCGGUCACGCAGGCGGCAGCAGUUGUAGCAGCAGUCGUGACGUCUAUGGGUGACCAAUCCACCCGUGAGCCUACAUAUGGAAUGGCAGACUCUAGCCGGAACAAUGCUUGGCGUCCUUCUGCAAUUCCGCACACCCUCGAUAAUGCACAGCAACAGACUGUGGCUGGAGCAUCCCUUCAGCGUACUAAGACGGCAUCGCCAAUGAAUGACGGCUCGCGUUCACGGACGGCUAAGCAAUCAAAACAAGGCAUGGUCCACAAGUCACCUGCGACUGCGUACCAGAGCCCGAACAUGGCACAGCAGCAUCAACAGCCACAACAACAACAACAGCAGCAGCAGCAGCAGCAGCAGACUGCCCACGGGUCAGGGCUGCAGGCGCCAAGCGGCAUGGCUGGCUCAGGGUCAUACAAUAACUACGAUCGCUAUUCCGGCUCUAGAGCACCAGAUGCGUCCUCGAACGAUAGGAUUACGUACGAGCCGUACUCGUACCAGCGAGACACGAAUGGUACUACUUCGUACGCCAGCUAUAACCACAACUCUCACUCGACAACGACGACAACGACGGCCGCCAACAUGUCCUCGGCGGCAUUGACGUCUGCAGAACGCACAGGUUCGCAGACGUACGGCUCCUAUUCGAAUCCCCUGUCUCGGAAUGCCUCGCAGGGCAACCAGUCGUCGCACGUGGGGACAAGGGGAACUGCACAAGCCCCAAGCUAUAGCAACAACAGCUCCGAUCUGUCACGCAAUUCCCGACAGGCGUUCAACAUGCGACCGGGCCAGAAUGCGGUGAAGCAGGACCGCGGCUAUUCCGCAUAUCCGUCGCAGAUACAGCACCAACAACAGCACGCACAGCAGCAGCAGCAGCACUCUCAGCAGCAGCAUACUCAGCAGCACACACAGCAAGCGAGCCAGCACCAGGCGUGGUAUGGUUUCAAUGGCCAGUCCGGAGCCCCCUUUGCGUCUUCCGGUGGGCAUGGAUCAAACUACAGCUGGAAUAUGCCGGGCGAUUCAUAG